AUGCAUAAGUGUGUAGUGUGUGGCAAUACACAUAAAAACACCAGGGUCAAUCGUCCACGAGUUAUUUAUCAUGGAUUUCCCAAGAAUGAAUGCAAUGAAUGCAUGAGAAGAAAAUGGCUUAAAGUUUUUGGAAUCGAUUGUUGUUAUGAUUGGCACCAACGUGUAUGUAGUGAUCAUUUUUUAGAAAAAAACUUUAAGCCAAGAAAAAAGCGAAUUUUAUUUUCAAAUACUAUUCCUCAACCUUAUGGCUACUCUUCUAAGUAUGCUACUCUUAAUAAUGAUGUUGAAACUGGAAAUAUAUCACCAAUGCAGUCAUCUACACUUACUACUGGGAAUAUGAGUAAUAAAAAUAUGCCGGUCAGUAAAUAA